AAAAAUAAUAAAAAUCGUAAAUUAUUGUAUUUCAUACUAAAAACAUAGUGAAUUAUAACCAAUACGAUUGACAAGCAUGUCAGUGCUUCCACGAGGUUUUGAGAGCUGUCGGCCAUGCCCCAGGUACGGAUUUGUACGGGGCGAAUACAGUGUAUACUAUAAAAGACCACGGUAUGGUCAACCCCGACCACAACCCUACAUAAAAGAGGCAGCGAAAUACCACAGCGGUCCGACCAACGCCCCACCUGAAAAGCCAUGCUGCUACGACUAUCCCUGCAAAGCUCACUGCUUCAACCACGGAGCGUGCACAAGACCAAGUGGCAGAUACGCUCGCACUGUUUGGUACCCUGGCGAAUGCUGUCCAGUAGUUCCUCCCUGCCAAGCCUUCACGUGUCCCAAUCCUCCAUACCAUCCCUGCUGUUAUCACACGUGCAACAAACUAGUCUAGAUUGGUAUCAUGCUGUUUAAAACGAAGUUACGAUUGGUUGUUUUUUGUUGAAGAAAUUUCAAAUCUUUAAUAUUUCUCGAGACUAUAUUAUCAAUUAUAUAGUUUCUGGGGUGACGUACAAGAAAUAUGGCCGAUAAAUUUGUGACUCGUUGGUGCCAAUUUUCAAUGCGUCUGGUACGCUUGUGAAUCGUAGUGUCAAUAAAUGUAAACAGAUU